CCUCCACGUGUCCCUCAGCUCUCAGGGUCAGACCAUGCUGUCGGCGCUGCUCUUCAGCACGCUGCUCUGGCUCAGCCUCAUCCUGGCUCUCAGGUUCUGUCUCAAGCUGCUGCUCUCAUACCAUCAGUGGAUGUUCGAGCAGCACGGACGAGUCUCCAACACCACCAAGAUCUGGGUGACUCUCCUCAGGCUGUUAUCCAGCAGGAAGCCUCUGCUCUACAGCUAUCAGACGUCUCUACCUCACCUUCCAGUUCCUGUGAUCAAAGAGACUGUCAACAGGUACCUGCUGUCGGCUCGCCCCCUGCUGACGGACGAAGGUUACGAACGGAUGACCAAACUUGCGGCUCAGUUUGAAAACAACCUGGGGAACCGUCUGCAGAGAUACCUGAAGCUCAAAGCUCUGUGGGCCACCAACUACGUGAGCGACUGGUGGGAGGAGUACAUCUACCUGAGGAGCCGAGGACCAAUCAUGGUCAACAGCAACUACUACGGCAUGGACUUCCUCUACGUUUCUCCCACUUCGGUGCAGGCGGCUCGGGCCGGAAACACCAUCACCGCCCUGCUGCUGUACCGACGCAAAGUGAACCGCGAGGAACUCAAACCGAGUCGAGUUCCAGGCACCGUCAUCCCUCUGUGUGCCGCCCAGUGUGAGAGGAUGUUCAACACAACAAGAACACCUGGAGAGGAGACAGAUGUUCUGCAGCACUGGCAGGACAGUGAGUUUAUCGCCGUCUACCACCGGGGGCGCUACUUCCGCCUUUGGGUUUAUCGAGCGGGUCGUCUGCUUUCCCCCCGAGAAAUAGAGCUUCAGAUCCAGAGAAUCCUGGAGGAUCAAUCUGUCCCUCUGCCUGGAGAGGAGAAGCUAGGAGCGCUGACUGCAGGAGACAGGGUUCCUUGGGCUAAGAUCAGAAAGCAGUAUUUCAGCUCUGGGAUCAAUAAGCGAUCUCUGGAUAUCAUCGAGAGGUCGGCCUUCUUCGUGACGCUGGACGAUGAAGAACAAGGCAUGAAGGGAGACGAUCCCGUGGGAAAUCUGGACCGAUACGCCAAGUCCAUUCUGCACGGGAACUGCUACGAUCGGUGGUUCGAUAAAUCUUUCUCCAUCGUGAUCUACAAGAACGGGAAGAGUGGCCUCAACGCAGAACACUCCUGGGCCGACGCACCUACUGUGGCUCACCUGUGGGAGUACACUCUGGCCACCGAUGCCUUCCAGCUGGGAUACACUGAGGACGGACACUGUAAAGGAGACGUGGACCGAUCGCUUCCCCUCCCUCAGAAACUGACCUGGGACAUUCCCUCAGAGGUGCAGGCUCAGGUGAGCGUCUCUCUGGCCGUGGCUCAGGCUCUCGCUGACGACGUGGAUUGUCACGUGUUUCCAUUCAGAGAGUUCGGAAAGGGACAAAUCAAGAAGCUCCGAGUGAGUCCGGACGCUCUGAUUCAGAUCGGACUGCAGCUCGCCUACUACAGG